GUGCACUCUACAUGAAACGCGAAAGGCUUUCCUGGCCUCAGCUGGGGUCACGGGUGGCUUGUUUCUCCUCAGCAGCCUGGUUCUGUUCUUUGGUGUGAGGGAGCAGCGGCAUGAGUCAGUCCAGCAUGACACUCACUGUCCAGAUGACAGAACACGACCUUCUUAUCUGAACUCCCUAAAGAUGCUCAUAAGUCACAUUCCUUACCAACGACUUGUGCUCGGCUUUGUGUUUAGCGUACUUGCUUUUCAGAUGUCUUUGGGUAAUUUUGCAUUGUUUUGCCGUCAUGUAGCUGGAUUGGGAGCUCAUUUUCAGCUCCUCUUGCUGAUCCUAUUGCUCUUCAUCCCAGCAGUGAUCACAGUUGCCUGCGUUCUCAGCAACCUCCCAGUUUUCAUGACCAUGUGCAUUCUGAUGGGAUUCAGUGUGGUGACCAUGUUCCUGCUGCCUUGUGAGAAAGCCUCCUCCUCAUCAUCAGACCAAAGAGAGCACUCAGAACUGCCAACGACCUCUCAACGGUUCCAUGUUGAUGACCCAAAGCCCAAUAAAUCUUACAAGUGUGAUCCAUCACCAUGCUGUCAGCGACUAGGGAAGCAGUGCUCAGUCAAGUCAUCAACCUCCUCAACUGUAUCAAGCAACCCCUAUGGAAAAAACAGCAGGAAAACAUCACAUGUUCAGUUACAAGUAAAUAAUCAGUGGCAAAAACCAAUAGUCCACCCUGAUCAAUGCCCAGAAGAAAGUAAACUGAGUGAAAGCUUCCCUGGUAAUGCUCCUGUUUCCUUCUGUGGAAGGUCGCAAGUCUGAUCCAAGGUGUCCUGGGUGUAGGGUGAGGAGACAUCGGUGUGAUACUGAACAACCACUGAUAUAACUUGUUUAAAAUCUGUGGCAGCAGUUUAUUAUUUUCAGCUUUGUUUAAACUUGAUAUCAUUUCAUUUAAGGAUGGAAUCUCAGUCUUGUGUAAGUCUCUUGUGUAAAAGUGGCUCCAGACCCAGCUCAGAGCUGACCUGCCGAAAACAACUUGAACCACUGCUUUCUCCAACUAAUGUUCAUCCACUCGAUAACAGGAUGGAUUUUUUCCAGCUCCAAGUGCACACACAGCAUGUAUACCCUUAAUUAAGGGGCUUUUGUUGUACUUAAUUAUCAUCUCCAUAGCAACAUGUUUGAACUUAGCUGGACGAACAAACAGGCAAGCAACCAUCAUCCUUCUGUCCAGGUGAGACUGUGGUAGGUCUGCUGCGAAGACCGGUAUCCUGAUGCUGUGAUGAACAUCUGGUUAUGAACCUGAGAGAAGAGGAAUGUUGGAAAAUAGCACCACUCAUCUGCCAGUUAAGCAUUUGGUUACUAUGGAUACUGAACACCAACUGAUGGAUGGACAUUACUACAAGAAGUUAUGCUAUGUUAUAUUACUACUGACUGUAAAUUGUGAUACAUAUGAAAGGAAAAUAAACUUCGGCUAACAAUUUCAUUUAAAACGUUUGAGGCAUAUUUUACAAAGUCAGAAUGUUCAGCUGUUG